UUGUAUAUGUAUCGUAUUACUUGUAUUUAUUUUUCAUACAGCGUAGAUUGGUUGCCUGCUUAUCUAAAUCCGUCAACAGAUUUUGAACAACAAAAGUAUUGCGUCCUACCGUUUCUUUAUGUGAAAGCGUAAUUCUUGGUUAUCAUUCGCUAGUGUACUAAACCCACCAUGGCUCUAACAAACGUGGUGCUGGUGAGUCAGAUCGCAGGAUAUUUCGUCGGAUUGAUCCUGUCCCUGUGCAUCAUGGUGCCGAUGAGCAUGCACGUUCACGAGUUCAGAGGUCAUUGCCUGCUCUUCUCUGGAGGUGAAUGGCAAGAGACGGACGGGCAGUUCAAUGUCCAGUGGGCCUCCAUGGCAUACUGUAACUAUGUCAUCGCCAUUGGAGUGCUUUUGUUUGCUGUGUGUCUGGUGCAGAUAUACAGAUUAUCCAUGCUGCUGUACCGUGAUAAGGACAGCUCGUUCUUCUCGGCCUUCCUGGAGGCUACCGGCUGUGCGCUACUCUGUGCGUUGGUCGUGUGUGCCGCCAUCAUCGUCACGCUGGGAUUCAUGACCUGGUGCAGCAACAUCACUGACCGUUUCCCUAGUUGUGACGUCGCGGCGGGGCAGGACAUUGACAAAAAGGACAACAUUUCCACAAACAAUUUUUACAUGGAGAUUGGAACUGCACAGUUCGGCGCGUGGGGCGCGUUCGCCACGUGCGUGGGCCUGGCCGUGUUCUCCACGCUGAAGCUGUGCCGCUACCACCAGCUCGAGAACAUCCGCGUGUCCAUGUACCGCGAGCGACAACGCCUCGUCAACGAGUCCCCGCCCCACCCCACCAGCACGCCGCCGCUGCAGGCGAGGAGGGCGCAUGCGCAUGCGCAUCACACCACUCCGCAAGAUAUUGAGGAGGAGCGCUAGGGUCUAAUUAGGAAUCUAAGGAAUCUUAAAAACAUCAUUUUACGAAAAUUUAUGACAGCAUGAUGUGUUUCUUGUGUGUCCUGAUACUCCUGAUGAUUCGUUGUAUGGAUUACAAAAAUUUGAACAUAUUGGGGCGUUCUUUAGGCCAAAUGGAAGUAUCUACAAUUCAUAAUGCCCUAUAGUGUUAUUGCUCCCUCUAGCUACAACAUCCAUACAUCUGUUGAGGUCCAUUAGCCCUUUCACAGCCGAUCACGUACCUAAUUCGUUAUUAUGGCAGUUAAGAUUUUCAACUCUAUUGAUAACGUGUCACGGUUCAAAUUUAAACGGAUAUUUCUUUUUGUCGGCUGUGAAAGGGCUAGGGUAUAUCCCCGUUAAUGAACAUUAACCCUUCGUAUGUCUAAGCACUGAUCAAUGCGGAUGAAUUUACAUCCAUUGUUUUCCAUCCAAUAGGUUUAAAUUCGUUUAUACUGAUCAGUGCUUAUACAUACGAAGGUUUAAUGAAACUAGAUUCAAACUUUCUAAGCUAUAAUUUUAUAUGUUGGGCGGAACUAUAGUAGUUUAGUAUGGAGCAUAUAAAACCACCCGCGGUCGCAGCUUGAUGCAUUUAUAGAUAGAAAAAGUCUAUCUCUUUGUGCCACAGAUCCUGCAAGAUGGGUGUAAUUUCGUCAAUAUGCACCUAUAAGGUGCAUUGGGGUAAGUUCGAAAGCGGCAUAUUUUUAAAAACCUUACUAAACCAGAACCACUUGAUACUUUGGCAACACACACUACGGCACAAUCAUGCUUACUUUUGCUACAUGAGAUGGUGCCGCUGGUGUAAAUAGUAGAUAAUUAUUAUUUGCAAUUUUCAAAAUGACCCCUUUCGAAGUUAACCUAAUAUGCACCAUAAUAUGUGACGUUUUCACCCAAAAGGUACCACAUUGUCGCUUGUCAAUAAGGUUGAUUUCUAAUUGAAGCUAUAUGGAAAUAGCGCCUUACUGACAAGCGACAAUAAGUACCCUUUUGGUUGAAAAUAGCACAUAUAGUUACUUUAUUUAUAUUUGGUAAGUUCUCUGCAAUUAAUCUAUAUGUAUUGGCAAUCUAUUGGCAAUUUUUAAGUAGCUAUUAUUAAUUAAAGCAAUAAUGUUUUAACUUUGUGUAAAUUGUAAAUUUUGUGAGGUCGGUUUGUUUAUACUAAUCCAUUUGGAUCUCAUAUCUAUCUAGGCAUAUAAAAUAUCGAAGGGGCAUUCCAUCAGUGUUCUUGACGUAACGUAAAUUGGGGUAACUUCUAAAUAAAUAAAUAAAUAUUAUAGGACAUUUUUACACAGAUUGACUAAGUCCCACGGUAAGCCCAAGGAGGCCUGUGUUGUGGGUACUCCGGCAAUGAUAUAUAUAAUAUAUAAAUACUUAAAUACAUAGAAAACACCCAUGACUCAGGAACUCAUAUCUGUGCUCAUCACACAAAUAAAUGCCUUUACCGGGAUUCGAACCCAGGACCAUCGGCUUCACAGGCAGGGUCACUACCCACUAGGCCAGACCGGUCGUCAAAAGAGGGGUCAUUUUGAAAAUCGCUUAUAUCUAUUUAACCAAAUGCAUUUCAUACUUUGGCAAGACUUACGCUAUUGCAACAGUUAAUCUUAAUUCCUUUUGCUACAGUGAAAAUUGCUAUUAGUUUAGUAGAUAUUUGCAUUUUUCAAAAUUAUCACGCAUUCCAAGUAGUUGGGGAACCUUACUCUAUAAAUUCUUAUGCAAAUUCUAGAAUACUGAUUAUGGCACUGUUAAGCCAAGCCUUAAAACUAGCAAAGCAGGCAAAGAAUCGCGUUAGAAGCAUAUUUGAGGUAUUUUCUAUAAAAAGGGACCUUAUUGUCGAUGGCGCUUACGCCAUUAUUAACGAUGCUCCGAUAUAAAUACAAUGCCGCGCGACGCUGUGCGGCGUAAGCGCCAUCGACAAUAAGGUCCCUUUUCAUAGAAAAUGCCCCAUUUGUAGUAAUAUUUCUACCUCGGGUGACAAUCCAAUCCCUCGUUACGCUCAAGAUCUUUAAAAAAAAUAUUCCGUUUGGAUGACACUGGAAUGUUCCCAAUAAUAUGGUUCAUGAAAACAUGUCAUCAAAAAAAGUAUUAUACGCGAACAACCUGAAUUGGCGUAAUAAGAAGCUCAUUUAUUUAAACGCUGAGCAAUUAAGAAUGUAUUUCGUUAGACAAUAAAUUAAAUAAGCAGGUUAUUCGAGAUUAUUAUGUGAUCUUCCAUGAUUUUAUAAUAAAUUAUCUAUGAAAUAUAUUAGUUAGCUCCGAUGAUGAAAUAUAUUAGAAGUCCGCGUUAAAAUGUUUCUUAGGUUUUGUAAAUAAUGUGGCGAUUUCUUGCAUUUGUCAUGGUAAACAUAAAACGAGCCCAAAACCUAAAGCCAUUUAAUAAGAAAAGUUUACUCUGUUAUGAGUUUAUACGUUAAUUAAAACUUUAUUGAUUUAAAAGUCAUAAAUAUAUUUUAUUUAUACUAGUUAUCGUAAGCUAAUGUGAUAAAUAUAAAUGUUAGUUAUAAGUUUAUGUACAAAACAUGCAUUGAUUCAUUAUAUUUUGUAUCAGACUACUAUCAGUCACAUUUAUUUAUUUAUUUAUUUACUUGGUUUUGUUUAUAUUAUUCCAGUAGAUCUAUAGUUUGUAAAAGGGCUGCCUCAUUCCGAACAUAGACAGAGAGAAUCAUACUAUCUUUGUCUUACACUAGUACUAGAACCCAAAAGAAAAGGAUGAGUAUAGUUUUUUUGUUCUUAUUUACUGACAAUUUUGUUUGACCAACUAUAGCUAC